GCUGACGUCAGCGGAGGCUGUGAAAUCUCGGUGUAGUACGACGUAGAUGCGAUUCGGUCCGCGGUUGUGUCGACUGGCCGCGAGUGCCGGUAGCCCGCGGUCGCGGUAGUGAGGUGUGAGAACAUACGUGUCGAUGAAAGUGCACAGCUCGCUUAUGGGAGUUGGCGGUUGGUACGAAUGCUUGGCGGCCGGUUGGCUUGCGGACAUGAGGAGUAAGCAGGUCCCCACGUCCACCACCUCUGCCAGGCGGCUCGCGGCCUUAAUCCGGCCGCUCGCCAGCGGGGGCUCGGAAGGCAAGCCGUCGGAGGAGGAGGAGGAGCGCAGCGGGUCGCCGCUGGGCCCCGGCGGGCCCUUCAGCUGCAGCCAGUGCCGCGGCGCCUACCCCACGCGCGAGCAGCUCGAGCGCCACGAGACCCUGCACUCGCCCAGCACUCAGGUGGAUACACUCAAAUAUUCAUGCAAGAUUUGCCACAAGAGCUUCGCGAACGUAUACCGACUGCAACGCCACAUGAUCAGUCACGACGAGAGCGCGUCGCUCCGCAAGUUCAAAUGCAAUGAUUGCGAUAAAGCCUUCAAGUUCAAGCACCACCUCAAGGAACACCUCCGCAUCCACAGCGGAGAAAAACCUUUCGAGUGUGCAAACUGCGGCAAGAAAUUCUCCCAUUCCGGCUCCUACUCGAGUCACAUGACCUCGAAAAAGUGUCUAGUAAUGAACCUCAAGAUGGGACGGAUCAAACCGAACAACCCCGCCCUCAACCCUGAGCGAAGCCCGUCCAGGAAGCGGUCCAACGCUAUGGUCGCGUCGCAGUUAAAUAAUAACAUUCCUCCUAACGGGAACUCUUUCCUACCAAUUCUGCCUAAGUACAACGAAGCGGCCGCUGCAGCUUUCUUCGCGAGUAUGUCCUCGCAGGAGAACAACUAUCACCGGCCGCCUCUAGCGCAACCUGGAAUCAACCCCUUCUACAUGCCACCGGGCAUGCCCAUGAGCCCCGCGAGCGGGAUCGCUCCGUACAGUUUUCCAACUUCCCUGAGUCAACUAUUUGAGCAAUUAGCUUCAUCACAAUACCAACAACGAAAGAUAGAAGACUCCGCUAGUCCAAAACUAACGAGCCCACCGCCUGCAGAUCCUGAAGAUUUGAUUGAAGAAGUAACAGAGGAGGAUGAUAAGAGGUCUGAGGGAAGCGCAGAGCUCGUAAUGGAUAUUGAGGAUGAAGAAGCUGUUGCAGUUAAAAAGGAACAGGAAGAUAGUGAAAAUUACGCGCGAUCACCCCAUAACUAUGAAUCCGUCCCAUUAAUGAAUAACAACGACCAAACAAACAAUAACCAUGCAGGGUUCAACACGAUAUUAGAAUCUGUCAACGCUUCUGUGACUAAACAUUUCUUUAGAACGAAUAUGGACAAAUUGUCGCCCGUUUCGGGCAAUGUUUGUCCAAGUAUAGAGUCUCCGCCGACGCCCCAUAUUAUUAUCAAAGAAGAACCCGUAGAGAUGCAUAGAUGUUCGAAGUGCAACGCGACAUUUAACAGUAACUCAGAAUUAAUAGAACACGAGAAGGUUGUGUGCGGGAACAUGUUCAGAAAACAUGAGGGUUUGGCAGCUCAGGUAGCAGAAACCGUAGCUCUAAAUAGGCUGGAACAGGAAAUGCGCGCGUCGAUACAGAGUGGGGUCAGCGCCAGUGAAGAUGAAGACUUCACGAGAGAAGAGCGGGAUGACAAAAUGUCCUUACAUGACAACGAUAAGAAGAUCAGAGUCCGUACAGCGCUUAGCGAAGAGCAGCAAGCUGUUCUAAAAGCACAGUAUUCAAUCAAUCCGAGGCCCAAUCGUGAAGAAUUCAAAAAAAUUGCUCAACAAAUCGGACUCGAUAAUAGAGUUGUCCAAGUUUGGUUCCAAAACAAUAGAGCACGAGUGCGGAAGAUGACGCAAACUCUAUCAGUGUCGGACCAGCCGCUCGACUUAUCUACGAAGAAGUCUGCUCAGUCAACGACGCCGAGCCCAGCCCCAUCUCCAUCGUGCAGCAUUUCAGUCACACAUUCCGAUUCCGAGGAGGCGGUGAACUUGAGCCAGAAGUCCUCCCGCAGCACGACGCCGCAACGGCCCAGCUACAACGCGUAUCCACAUUCCAACUGCUCUUCGUCUUCCUUUACUGACUUCCGACUGUCUCCGUCCCCGGGAGAGCCGAUCAACGGACAGAAGCGGUUAUUACCUCAGAAGAUGGUUAUGAAUCAUUUGAUGUCGAUGGACAAGAUCCUCCAACAGAACGACAUGACCCACGCUCGAUCUCCAAUCCUCAACAUGCAGCUGUCGGACGCGAGCCGACAGGGCUCCAGUCCGUCUUACGAGCGCUCGUGGAGGGACGCGCAAAACGACUACGAAGACGAAGCGCCAGUACUUAAGAAGAACAAGUUGAAACAGGGAGCCGAGCUCAAGGAAGGCGAGGACCAUUUCGUCUGCAACCUUUGCGAUAAAACCUUCGUCAAGCAGAGUUCGCUCGCUCGACAUAAAUAUGAACACUCAGGUCAGCGGCCAUACAAGUGCGAGGUGUGCCCCAAGGCGUUCAAGCACAAGCACCACCUGACGGAGCACCAGCGCCUGCACACGGGCGAGAAGCCGUUCCAGUGCUUCAAGUGCCUCAAGAAGUUCUCGCACUCCGGCUCCUACAGCCAGCACAUGAACCACAGGUUCGCCAUCUGCAAGCCCUACAGGAACUAGGACUUGGAUAUGAUUUACGAUCUUACUAACGGCACAGUGAAGCUGGCAUUUGCAGUGUCUGGACACGCCACGUAAGAAACUGAUAUUAGUACCGAUUCUACUGUACUAUGAAAAGUAGCAACUUCAGACGUCGGAGUCACGAAUCGUGUUUCUAGGACUCGGCGAUGAAGCUUCAAAGAAAUAUUAUAAAGUGUAGCGUGUCCAAUAACAAUUACUGCUACUUAUACCUAGAGAGUGUAAUUGAAAAUUGUAAUGUAUGAGUGUGAACACCGACUACCAAUCGACUGAGCGUAAUCGUGCCAAAUAGAUACCAAAUGAUCGGUCGCCGUGUCAGCUGUACGAGUGUACACAGACCGACCCAAAGCAUAAUACAUAGUAAAUAAAUACUCAUAAUAAUUAAGUAUUCGUCGCCCGGUAUUUUGUUCGUUUCAAUGUUAUUUAAGGUCGUUGCUCAACGUCAUAUUUUUAUAUCGUAAGAAUGUCUUUUGAAUUUACUAUUUAUAUGAUAAUUAUAGUGCCAAAGAGAAAACUGAAGCCAAAAAAUAUUGAUUAUUUUAAUAUUUUACACAGAUUAUAGUUAUUAAAUUUUAUGUAAAUCCCAAAGGCCGGUACCUGUAGCAUAAUACUCAUUGAUAAUAAUUAAUGUUAUUUUAUUAUUUUUAUACAGAGGUCAAAAUUAUUAUUAAGAUUAUAAUAGUAA